AUGCCUUCGAUAAGAAACAUUCUGGCUGCGGCCGUUGUGUUCGUCUCGUCCGUACGAGCUGACUAUGUCAUUGACCCGAGCUCAGUGUCUUUAUCCGACAGAAAUAAUUGGUGCCAGUCUGAGAAGAGCACGUGCCCAUUGAUCUGCCAACAGACAUCUACGGGGUCGACCUUAGUUAACGAUUGCGAUCCGAAAACCCUACAGUACGGUUGCGUGUGCGGCGACAACAAGCAGCCCAAUGUCUCCGAGUACUCUCUGACCCUUCCGUUCUUCGUUUGCCAAAAAUGGGGCGAUCAGUGCGUGCAAAGGUGCGGACAGGACAAUGCGUGCUCUAGCUCUUGCCGAGAGGACCACCCAUGUGGUGCCCGGAACCCAACGCGAGUCAACGUGACCUCGACGAGCUCGGCCCCAUCAGCAACAUCGAGCUCAGCUUCAGAUGACGGAGACGUUAUUUACAAUGGUCUAGCUGGCAGCGAAGAUGGUGGCUCAGGUUCGACGACUGACAACGCUGCUUUCCGUGCCGCCGACAGCAAUGGCCUGUUCGGUUUCGUCGUACUCGCCGCUAGUGUUUGCCUAGGAGUGUUCGCUCUCUAG